AAGGUACUAGUUAUUAUCAGGACUUCAACCCAAGAGGCCCAAACUCUCUUCAGAUAAUGAAGAUUGGUUAAACAAAAAGAAAACAACAAAAGAAUAAACAAAUAAAAUGGAUUUCAUUGGUGCCUAUAUAACAAUUUUCUUUAUUAUAUUUUUGGUUUUUCCAACUUUCUUCAUGUGCAUAAAAUUAAUAACUUUGUGCUGUUAUGGAACUCAAGAAAGAAGAGUUUCAGUUAACAAUCUUGGACCCAAUGUGCGACAAGUGCCAGUCUACACUAUAGGUUCUGAUCCUCGUUGUAAUGACACGACAAGCAACUUUACAGAUUAUUUCUGGAACGUCUCAUCACAAAAUACUAGAGCAAAUGAGCCAACAAAAGAUGACAAGGAUUUGCCAAGCUACGAAGAUAUCAUGAGGAUGGAAAUGGCUAGACAAGUGAUAGACUCAGCUGUACAAGCACCCAUCACAACGACAACAAUACAUACAGUUGAAACAUCUCAACCACCACCACCACCAGCAACAUCCCCACCUGUCAGAUUACCAGUUUAGAUCAAUAUAAUUUGCUUUUUGAAUUUUAUUUGAAUCUAAGAAAAAUCUGAUUAAGAUUGAUUGGUGUAAAAAUUGUUUUUUUAAGUAUUGAAGGCUGAAUUCUUUCUUAAAAUGCAUAUAUUGAAGUGUAUGGUAUUUAAAUUUUUAGGGAAAAUAAAACUUUUGUUAAAACACAAGCAAAUUCUUUGUAGUUUCUAAGUGACAUUAAAUAAACGAAAUUGAUCUAAAA